CAUCCCUUCAGCUCUUUAAAGGAACAUUUUAUUAUAGAAAGGGAAUCGAAGGACUUUGUGAUUAGAUUUUCAGAACAAAAGCUAAAGGAACUCUGAGCUAUCAUCUGAGAGAUGGCAGAAGGAGGCUCUGUUAACAUGGAAGCUCUGCAGGAGUCAUUUAAAAAGUUUGCAGCAUAUGGUGACACCAAAGCAACUGGUAACGAAAUGACUGGGAAAAAUUGGGCCAAACUGUGCAAAGACUGUAAAAUCAUUGAUGGCAAAGCAAUCACCUCAACUGAUGUGGACAUUGUCUUUUCAAAAGUGAAAGCUAAGACAGCUCGAGUAAUUACAUUUGAAGAGUUUAAAAAUGCAUUGGCAGAGCUCGCUCCAAAAAGAUUCAAAGGCAGAAGUAAAGAGGAAGCAAUUGAGGCAGCCUACAAACUGAUUGCUGGAAAAGACCCAACAAAUGUUGGAGUAACGAAAGUAACAAAGACUGGUGCUGUUGACAGAUUAACAGAUACAUCUAAAUAUACAGGCUCCCAUAAAGAACGUUUUGAUCAAGAUGGCAAAGGCAAAGGGAAAAUUGGUCGAGAAGAUAUAAUAGAAAGAACAGGCUAUGUGGGAGCUUACAAAGGAGCUGGGACCUACAAUGAGAAAGCAAAAGAGAAGUAAUGUCAGAAACCGCUUUCUUGGUCUGUUGUAAGCAAUGGUAAACCUUUUUAAUAUGAAGACAUAUUAAAAAUAAUUAAGUCAUUCUUCUUUACAAGCUAAAGUUUUAAAUCCAGAAUAAUAUUCUAACAAUAAAAGGUACAUUUUCUUGUAUGAACAUACCAAGUAUUUUACAAUAUUUUUCUGGUGACAUUAUCAUAUUUAAAAUAACCAGGAUAACAUUGUGUUUAAGGUUGAAUACGUAUGUAUUUGAUAUGAGUGGCUGUAUAUCACUAAAGUAAAAACAUUCUUUACACCAUAUAGAAGUUAAUGUUGAAGUAUCUAAUGAUGUUGGAAGCAAUAUUUCAUGCUAUGUUAUAUGAAAGAAUAUCUGUAGUUUGAAACAAAACUUUUACGAAAUAGUUGCUUGAACAUUAGUUUCCAACUAAGACCUGUUAAAUACCCUAUAAAGGAAAAAAAUGAUCAUGGCUUACAAUUUUUGAUGCAAUCUUCUAUUGACAUAUCGGAAGCAUAUCUCACAAAACUGUUCAUUCAUGGCCUCUAAUCCUGCAAACAUUGAUUUAAUGGGCAGUAACUUGCAGGUGGAAAAUGUGCAAUACUGCGUUGUGAGUUUCCAGUGCAUGUCAGAGGCAUUUUUUAAAGACAAUUAUUACCAGAGCUUUUGAUAUAGUGCAACAUUUGAUAUUGAUAUGUUCAGAUUGUCAGCCAUCAUUGUUGCUUUCAUUUAUUUUUAUUGUUUCAUGAUUGAAAGUAGGCUUAAUGUUUGAAAAACAAUUUGCAGACUUCAUUGCCGAGGCAACUGUUGUGUUUUUUGCAAUUCAACAUUUCCUUGCCAUCCAAAACAACAAUGUUGGAGUCAGUUUUAGCGCAGAUUGUUCCAGGAAAUAAGUCUGCUUCAGAAGAUUCCUCAAUCCAAAAGCCGCAUGGCAUUGCAUUGAAACACGGCAUUUGACCCAUCCAGUGAGUGGCAUUGUUUGCCCUCCAUAUGAAUGAAUCAUGUUGGUUACUCACCCUAUGCCAAUUUAACCCCACUCCUUUCCUCCAGGUUAAAAAUAGUAACUAUGUGACAAAACAAACAACAUAGCAAAUUUUAGCAGGUCCUACCCCCAUGUGGUGAAUAAACACCAGGUUUAAUAGCGGGUGUCUUUUCUGUAGGAUGGGGGAUUUCAAGACUAGGGAACAUAUUUUUCGGGUGAGAAGAGAGAGAUUUAAAAAACACAUGAGCAACUUACUUUACACACAGGAUGGCUCAUGUGUGGAAUUAACUUCCUGAAGAUGUGCUGGAUGUGGGCACAAUUACAAUGUUUAAAAGAUAUUUGGAUAAGUACAUGAAUGGAUUGGAUUGAUAUGGGCCAGAUGAGACUGGUUUAGUUUGGGAUUAUGUUCAGCAUGGACUGGUUGGACCAAAGGGUUUGUUUCCAUGCUGUAUAACUCUAUAACAUCAAGAGCAGAACUUCACAAAAUUAUGUCUUAAUCUAUAGAAGCCAUGAGCCCACAGUAACCUUUCUAUUUUAUCUGUCCAUGGAAUGUGAGUGUUGCUGACAAGGCCAGUAUUUGUUUCCCUCAGUUAAUUGUCUGUGAACUGGGAGUGGGUGGAGGUGGGGUGGAGGGAAUUGCUGGAGUACUUGAAGGGUAGUUAAAGAUCAACCACAUUGCUGUGUGGCUGGAGUGAUGGACAGGCCAGACCAGGUAAGGACAGCAGAUUUCCUCCCCCAGAGGACUUUAGUGAAGCAGAUGGCUUUUGUUUUUAACAACAAUCAAUUACAGUUCUCAUGGUUGCCAUCACCUGAGAUGAGCUUUCAUUUUCAUUAUUAACUGAAUUUAAAUUCUACCAGCUGCUGCAUCUUCCAUAUCGCCAGAGCAUUUGCCUGUGGCUCUGCAUUAGUCGUCCAGUAACAUUCCAACUACAUCACCGUCCCCCUUUUUGACAUCCAUUUAGUAAAGUAACCUAUGCUUUAGGGAGGCAAGUGCAAUGCAACUGGGUUUGCUGUUUUGAUAAUGGUCAUAUCAAUUUAAGUCUUUCCAGCUCAUGAUGUGAGAGUACAUGAGGCCAAACACUUUCAGUUAAUAGUUAAUAGUUUCUUAAGGAAUGCUUUUAGCCUGGGAAAUAUCCAGUUUUUGUUGGACUCUCCCAAGUACUUUGUCUGCUGAAUGUGUACUUUGAAAUAUAUCACUAUUUCAUCACCCAACAUGUGUAAAAAUUAGUCAAAAUGGCAUGAAGGUUAUUGAAAACAAUGGCUCUGUUUGUAACUUUCUUCAUCCAUCUUGUUUUGAGUUAAAGAUAUUGAUGUACUCGCACAUUAAGCAGGGCAAAUAUAGCACAAUGACAAUUUACUAAUAAUUCAAGUUUCUAUCCAUAUGUUCUGUUGAAUUUUCUGUUAGUAACUGUUAUCAAUAAAUUAUUUUGUAAUAAA